CCUUGCCAGUGUGCUCUGCUGGGCUCUGACAGCAGCAUCGGGGCUGCUCCAGCGCCUUUGGGGUUUCUUUUAUUACUCUUUUUUUUUUUUUUUAAUUUUUUUUGCACUAAAUCCUUUGGGAAAAAAAAAAGGAACUUCUCUGGGAGAAGGCUCUGAGACUGCAUGUCCCAACAGUACGCGCUGCAGGAGGCGAAGGGAGACGCGGUUUGCUUCGUACCUGGCUCUCCUCUCUUCUCUGUCCUGAUGGAGCCGGCGUCCUUCUGCUACCCCCGGCUCACCUUCCUGCGCUCGCCCUACGGCCAGUUCGGGGCCAGCGCCGGCUCUUCCCAGGAUUUGGCCCCGUGGCCGCAGCGUUUGGUGCCGCAGAGGUGGAGCAGGCCAGUGGAUGAGUCUCCACCAGCAGCGAUGUCAAGAAAUGGAUACUUCUUUGAAGAGAGUGGGUACCUCAAGUGCGACACGGACGACGCGAAGGAGGAAGGGGCGAGCGAGGAGCUCUUCGACGGUGUCAACUCCACCAUCGUGUCCGGGGACAGCAUCCGCUUCUUCGUCAACGUCAACCUCGAGGGCCCUCCCAGUGCCGCCGCUGAAAGUGAAGGUUCUGGCUGCGUGUUACUGCACACAUCAAGGAAGUACCUGAAAUUAAAGAAUUUUGAGGAGGAGGUCAGAGCCCAGCGAGACCUGGAUGGCUUCUUGGCCAGAGCCAGCAUCAUCCUGGAUGAAACGGCCACGUCCUUGGACGAUGUUCUCCGGGAAAUGCUGAAACACUUCGCCGAGGAUCCUGAGAACAUGGAGCCCAGCUGCAACUUCGAAAAAAUCAUGAGCACUUUAUUCACAGAUUCAGGGACCCCACGGGAAGGGAACGGCACCCCUGAUGGUUCAGAGUCAACAGGAACGAAUGUACAAACAUGUCCAUCGCACUUCAAAUUUCACCUUUUAUCAGACACAAUUCAAGGGGUCACAGCCACAGUCACGGGGGUGCAGUAUCAGCAGUCCUGGCUCUGUAUCAUUUGCACUAUAAAGUCCCUUCAGCGACGUCACGUUUGCAUCAGCCGCCUGGAGAGGCCUCAGAACUGGGGGGAGAACUCCUGUGAAGUCAGAUUUGUGAUACUGGUCCUGGCUCCUCCCAAGAUGAAAAGCACCAAAACGGCCACAGAAGUUGGCAGGACCUUUGCCACGAUGUUUUCAGACAUAACCUUCCGGCAGAAGCUUCUGGAAACCAAAACUGAGGAGGAGUUCAAGGAGGCCUUGGUGCACCAACGCCACUUGCUGACGGUGGCUAAUCAGAGGCCCUCAGGAAUGAAAGAUGGGCACAAGUCACACGGUAACAAACAACUCAAGCUGCACGACUUUCUCAAUAUUGGCAAGGGGAUUUCUGAUGACAUUGCACGAAGAUUCCCAGUGUAUGCGCUGGACUUCACCGAUGGUAUUAUUGGGAACAACAAAGCUAUAGGGAAAUACAUCACAACCAUGAUCUUUCUGUACUUUGCCUGCCUCCUUCCAUCCAUUGCCUUUGGAUCCCUCAAUGAUGAAAAUACCCGAGGAGCUAUUGAUGUGCGGAAGACGAUUUUCGGACAGUGCAUUGGGGGGCUGCUCUACGCCCUGUUCUCAGGGCAGCCCCUGGUGGUGCUGCUGACCACAGCUCCCUUGGCCCUCUACAUCAAUGUCAUCCAAGGAAUCUGUGACGACUACAACUUGGAUUUCAGUGCUUUCUAUGCCUGGAUUGGACUCUGGAACAGCUUCUUCCUUGUGAUCUACUCCCUCUUUAAUGUCAGCCUCCUGAUGAAGCUCUUUAAAAGGUCAACAGAAGAAAUAAUUGCACUUUUUAUAUCCAUCACAUUUGUGCUUGAUGCCAUCAAAGGCAUUGUUAAAGUUUUUAAGAAAUAUUACCACCACGGGCACACAGGAGAUGGAAAAUCACGAGCUGAUGCUAUCCCAGGCCUCGGCAUCAACACCACCUUCCUGAUGAACUCCUCAGUGAGCGAGAACCAGACUUGCACUCACGAUGGGCACUCCGGGCGUGAGACCGCCGUCCUCAGCCUCAUGUUGAUGUUGGGAACCCUCUGGCUCGGCCACACCCUCUAUCAGUUCAAGAAAAGCCCAUAUUUGCACGCGAGGGUACGUGAAAUUCUGUCCGACUGUGCCUUACCCAUUUCAGUCCUGACCUUCUCUGUUGUGGGUUCCUAUAUCUUCAAGGAAAUUGAAAUGUCCAAAUUUAACUACAACGCCUCUGACAGCUUGUUUGUGCUGGCCCCUGUGCAGUCCCUGUCCAUUGGGUCGGUGAUGAGCGCCAUGGGGCUGGGAUUUCUCCUCUCCAUGCUCUUCUUCAUUGAGCAGAACAUCGUUGCAUCCCUCGCCAAUGCCCCGGAAAACAGGUUGGUGAAGGGCACAGCCUAUCACUGGGACCUGCUGCUGGUGGCACUGAUCAACACGGGGCUGUCGGUCUUCGGCCUGCCCUGGAUCCACGCGGCCUUCCCGCAUUCCCCCAUGCACGUCCGGGCCCUGGCCUACGUGGAGGAGAGGGUGGAGAGUGGACACAUCUAUGAGACGAUCGUGAGUGUGAAGGAGACCCGGCUGACGAGUCUGGUGGCAAAUUUCCUGGUGGGGCUGUCGCUGCUGCUGCUCCCGUUCCCCCUGCAGUGGAUCCCAAAGCCGGUCCUCUUCGGCCUCUUCCUCUACAUCGCCCUGACCUCCAUCGAUGGCAACCAGCUCUUUGAAAGGGUGGCUCUGCUCCUCAAGGAACAGACCGCUUAUCCUCCGACCCAUUACAUCCGCAGAGUUCCCCAGAGGAAGAUCCACUAUUUCACAGGCCUGCAGGUCCUGCAGCUCGUCAUCCUCUGUGGCUUUGGAAUGUCACCCCUGCCUUACAUGAAGAUGAUCUUCCCCCUCAUCAUGAUUGGGAUGAUCCCCAUCAGGUACAACCUGCUCCCCAGGAUCAUCGAGGCCAAGUACCUGGAUGCCAUGGAUGCCGAGUACUGAGGGUUCCUGGCCUGCAGAGCAGCAGAGACAGCCCCUCUGGGGCCAGCCGAGCCGUGGGACCAUCCCUGCAGUUUCCUUUCACCACUUUCUUCGUGCUCUGAGGUUGGCAAUGCACUCCUGUCACAGCUCCACGGGGCCCGUGCCAGACCGAGGGAGCCUGGGAUUGAGAGGACGCUGCUCUCUGGAGCUGUGAGGCGAACAAGAUUAAUGGAAAAUGCUUCUUUCCACAUCCCCAACCACACCAACCCCGAAGAUCAGCCUGGCUGCGUGGUUGGAGCAUCCAGAGUUGUCCUGUGUUCCCCUUUGUUGGAGGGUGGGGGGGGAUUUUUUAAUGCACCACAUCCUUUUCUUCCCCAGCACUAAGAACAGCAACUGACCCUUGUUGUACAGAAUGACAGCCCUGGCCUGGCCUUUGAACCCAAUUCCCUGUGCACCCAGUAUUCCCAAAUUGCUGUUCUGGGUGUGAUGGCCUCGUGCUAAACCCCUGAUGUCUGGAGAGUUGGUGCCUGUUUUCUCACAUUAAUGGGUUUGGAAACAGUUGCAAUGUGUACUGCUACAACCCACAGUUUUGGAUGAAUUUGUAAUCCCAGCAAAUGAGCUGGGAACAUUCAGAGGCUGGGCUGGAAUGGCCCUGUGGAUGAAACCCCUGCUGGGUUUGAGCUGUUUGGGCAUUAGUUUGGCUCUUUCUCCCAUUUCUCCUGGGUAAUCAAACACAGAAUUGUAGGUUUUUGCACAACUGCAGCAUUUUUUGCCUGCACCCAGAGGGCAGUUGUGUCGAGGUUGCAUAUACAUAUGUACAGUAGUGCCUAUGUGUACAUAUAUACAUAUGGAGUUGUGUAUAUAUUUUGCAUAGAUAUACAAAUAGGCCUGGUUCUUUCCAAAUUCACAAGUGUUUUGUGCAGUCAGUGUUACCCACCAUGUCCUGACCAUAAACUUGUUCUCUGCUUCAGUGCUGCUUUUUCUCAUUUGAGAUAUGGUCACUUUUAUUCCUUUGGAAGCUGCUCAGUUACUGGUUUUGUUCAUGUGUUGCUUUCUUCAAGGUGUUUUCUUUGCUUUCUCCUUCCUGUGGCUUGAGACCUUCAUCAUUCUGUCUCGAGGCUCCAACAUGUGAAUUUUUCAUUUAAUUUUGAUGUACAGAAUGCAAUGAAAGUUUUCCUCUUUUCACCUAAUCAAUACUUGUUGGUCAUUUCAUUGUUUCUGUUGUGUAGCUGAUUUCCACUUCCCCCCCCCCCCCCCCCCCCAGAUGUUAUAUUAUAUUUCUGGAUGAAUCUUAACUUCUGCAGUCUUUUAUAUUUCAGUUUAUUUAAUUUUGCUUGUACUAUGGUCAGUUUUCUUAUUUGGAGUACUGUGAAACAAGCUGCCCUUUAGUUCAGUGCUUGGCACGUCACAGGUCACAGCUAAAAAUGUUCAGAAAAUUGUGGACCUCGGUGAUGAACUUUCAAAAGAGUAGAAACGAGGGAAGAAAAGGAAUGUAAAAUAUGAAUUUAUCAGCACAGAGAAAUGUUUAUUACAAGUUGCUUGCCCAGUAAAUGGUGCAGAGUUUUUUACUCCCACCCCAGCAUGGUGAGGGAGACCAACCCAGCCAUGAGGGAGGAAGGCUUUGGGUGCAAAGCUCCUGUGCUGAUGCUAAGCCAGGCUCAAGCCACUGCAGAUUUGGUGUAUUUGCACCAAAGAUCAGAAGGUAAUUAAUCUUUGUGGAGCUGCCCACGGCUCUCAAAUACGUGUGCAGAACUAAUUUUUGCAUUUUGUUACGAAACCCUUUGUAUUGAGACUCGAGGGAGGAGAGCAAUGAGAGUUCCUGUAUCCAUGAUUUUAUAUCCCUGGGGGAAUUGUAAGGAAAACCCCUCAGCUUAGCAAGCAAAACAAUGUCACAGAUAGCAAAAACACGACCUUCAUGUGGCACCAAGCUGAUGUGAGAAGUCUCAGGGUCAGGGUGACCACCCCAGUGCAUCAAGGCAGGGAAUUUGGCUUUCAGGGGCAGCUCCUGCCACAUCUGACAAGAGCAGGUACAAACCCAAACGUGGUUUCUGACCAUUUUCCCCAAGAUUCCCUGGCUUUUGAGUCAUUUCUGUGCCAGGAUCACUCAGAGCUGUUAGCAAGGGCUGCGUGUAGUAACAGGGGCAGGCAGGAUUUCAGAGGUGGCAGAACUGUCUGAUCUUCAGUCAACAGCAAAAGGGCAGGUGACAGGCAGCAGUUCAGGACCUGCUGGAAGCCAGGGAGUGCAGAGGGCUGCUGAGGCUGAAAUAACAUGUUAUUCCCACAGAUGUCAAAAGAUUUAAGCAAAGCUGCAAUCAGAGGUGUCAUCCUCUGGCUGAGUAAAGCUGUAACACACACGUGACCUGUGGGUGAAUUCCUGGUGUCUCCCCAGGAAGGAGUCACCUUGGGGGGUGGGUUAAGUGAUAUUUUGGGUGUUGUGGCUAGGGGAAGGACAGGAUGUGCCCAAGGGAAUGUGGCUUUGGUUCUCUUUGAGGCUCUGGGUGGGAUUUCCUCAGGCAGAGAGCCAUAGUGAGGUGGACUGGCCUGCAGGUUUUACCAGAUGAAAUAGUUUUGAGAUGCACCCUCCAUCCCCCACUUAGAAGGGCCAAAAAUGUCCCCAUCUAAAGCCUUUUUGAAAAAUCCAUUUCAAAUAGUGUCAAAUGUUGCAGAGAGAAUUGAAAAUCCAGGCAGCAGGGAGGGUUAAAUAUCGACCACAACUCUUGUUUGUGUCUUUUCUUUUCCUUCACCAGUGUGACUUCAGUGUUUGUAUUUUCUUUGUAGCAUCAGUAGGAUUCUGUUCUGUAGAGUUUCUGUUCUUACAGAAGUCAGGGGCCAAAGAAUCAGCUGAUGGGAAAUCAGCACAGCUUGUGGGGGGGAAAAAUGCUGUGCUGGCUUGGACUGAUUGAACAUUUGGACCUAUGUCUCAAUAUCUGGGUGGAAGGGAGAUGUGAGACUCGAGGCCUCUUGUCUCAGAAGGGGUUUUCAUGAUCCUGCAGAGGAUUUAUUUUAUUUUUCCUUGCCUUUUCUCUUCUUGUUUGCUUCUGGUUUUGCUGACAUAAGUGCAGGCGUUUCCAGGAAGUAGCUGACUAGGGAAGGAGGGUUUGUUCAGAGUUGAUUGAGCACUUUAAUACUUCUGUGAAGGUUUAAGACAAUUAGAAUGUAAAAGAAGUUUUAUUAUAAGCUCUUUAUAUACGCACAAUGCUCUGUAUAACUGUUGCCAAAGAACUGAGUCUGAAAGGUGUCAAGAGCUGUUGGGAGAGUCCGUGGGCUUCACCUGGCAUUGCAAGGUAGGGAGAAGCUUCUGAAACGAGUGGAUUUUGGAAGUUGCCGUUUGACAGCUGCCAAAACAAUCAGAAACUGGAGAUAGAAUAAAAUUCUACUCUCAAACUUGUAGUUUUUGAUCCUUGCGUUGAAUGUAGGAGCUAGAAGUGAGCUUGACAAUUAAAAUUGGAUUUGUACCUGA